CGAGAUCUCUGACGUUCGAUCCGGCUUUAUCGAUCGAUGGAUGGUUCUGAUGCCGCCGACUAGAAACUAACGGUCAGAUAUUGGUAGUGGUAGUUUCGUAACAAAAGCAAAGGCAAAUGGCGUUUAGAGAAGAGGAAGAGCCUCGCCUCCGCCGGCACCCGCGCUAAUAAACCUGAUCUCGCUCCCGUCAACCGCGGUCCACUUGCAACUUGGUCACCGCCCCGCCUCUAUAAAUAGGACCACGGGCAGUGGGCGUUCGAGUCCUCACCCAAAAGCCUCCUAAAAACCUCUCAACGUCACUGCCAUCAGACAAGUGCUUGAGCGAGAGAGAGAGGGACACAGGGCGGCGGGGGAAUGAGAGGCUAUCGGAAAUCGACGGCGGCGGAGGUGGUUCUGUGGUGGGGGGAGAAUGAGGAGGUGGCGGUGGGGGCGGACGAGACCGGCUGGAAAUGCUGGAAACAUCCCUCCCAGCCCCGUUACGGCGUAUGCCCCGCCUGUCUACGUGACCGUCUCCUCCGCCUCUGCCCGGAUUGCGCCAACGUCCGCCCCUGCCGCUGCUUCCCCUCCUCCAACUCCUCCUCCUCCUCGUCCUUCUCCUCCCUCUCCUCCACCGAGCUUGCCAGAUCCAGCGGACAAGGAGGCGACGGCGCGGGGAUCGGGACGGUGGGACCCGUGUCGCGACUCAUCGAGAGCGAACCGGCCUUCCGGCGGUCCCGAUCGGUCGGCUUCCAGUUUCUCAGUUCCAGAUCCGCGGCCUCUUCCGUCAGCGACGUGGCGCCGCUGCCAAGGCCGGGAGGAGGCAAGCGGUCGGCGCUAUUACGGGCAUUAUGGAGGGUUCCGGCGAGGGAAGAACCGACGGACGGGAAGCUGUGCAGAUCGAGGUCGGUGGCGGCGGGACGUUCGCAAGACCCAGGCGGUGGGGAGGAUGGGGAGAGGGGGAAACGGCGGAGGUGGCACUUCCCGAGCCCGAUCAAGGCAUUCCGGCACCGGAAAUCGACGACGAAGGUGGUGCAGGAGCGGUCGCCGCUGUGGCGCGGGUGAGAAGAAGGAAUGGAUGAUUUUUCGCCCCCUGUUUAUAUCGGGUUGUUAGUAGUCGCUGCUACUGUUGUAAAUAUUAAGCAACUAACAAUCACUCCAUAAAUCUGAAAUCUCCGAAUUCCAACACACGUUGGGGAGAUAAAAUGAGUUUGGAUUGCUUCGGAAAA